CCGCGUUUGUUUUUAAUAUUGCGUUGAAAUUUUUAGAAGCGGCUGCAGGCUAAUUUAUUCAAAAUAUAGAAGUAAACUAAAAUUAUUCUAGAUAAUAAAAUAUUGUCUAAAUGAAUUCGUUACUCAAUUAAUUUGAAAAUAAUCAUAAAGAAUGGCUGCAGGACCUAUUGCUGAAAGAAAUCAAGAUGCAACUAUUUAUGUUGGUGGUCUUGAUGAAAAAGUCUCGGACACACUUAUGUGGGAAUUAUUUGUGCAAGCUGGACCAGUUGUUAAUGUGCAUAUGCCAAAGGAUAGAGUGACUCAGUCCCACCAAGGAUAUGGUUUUGUAGAAUUUCUUGCAGAAGAUGAUGCUGACUAUGCUAUAAAAAUAAUGAAUAUGAUAAAACUAUAUGGUAAACCAAUACGUGUUAACAAGGCUUCAGCUCAUCAAAAGAAUUUGGAUGUUGGUGCAAAUGUAUUUAUUGGUAAUCUAGACUCAGAAGUUGAUGAAAAAUUACUGUAUGAUACAUUUUCAGCUUUUGGAGUAAUUUUACAAACACCUAAGAUAAUGAGAGAUCCUGAUACAGGAAAUUCUAAAGGUUUUGCAUUCAUAAAUUACGCUAGUUUUGAAGCAUCGGAUGCUGCAAUAGAAGCAAUGAAUGGUCAACAUUUAUGUAACAGAGCUGUAUCUAUUUCUUAUGCAUUCAAAAAAGAUGUUAAGGGAGAACGCCAUGGAUCAGCUGCUGAAAGAUUACUUGCUGCUCAAAAUCCUCUUAGUCAAGCUGAUCGUCCUCAUCAGUUGUUUGCUGAUGCACCACCUACUCAAAUACCUAUGAUGCAUCAAAUGCCUGUUCCUCCUCCACCUAUUAUGCAACAACAAAUGCAAGUACCUAUGACAAUGAUGACUCAACACCAAAUGGCUCCACCACCACGUAUAAUGCCAUGGCAAAAUCAGCAACCUCCACCACCACAACCUCCUACAUAUCAACCUCCACCUCCUCCUCCUCCACCAAAUUUCAACAAUUUUGCUCCUCCUCCAGGUUUUCAUGGGGGAUUUGUUCCACCUCCUCCGCCACCACCAUCUCAACAAGGACAGAUGCCUCCUCCUCCAUUACCACCUUCACAUCCUGCAAUGCCUCCUCCACCUCAUAUGCAAAAUCACAUGAUGCCACCACCACCUCCUCCUAUGACAAUGGGCAGUGGACCACCAAUGCCACCACCUCCUCCCAUGCAACCAAACAAUAUGAUGCCUAUGAAUUGGAAACCAAGUAUUCCACCACCUCCUCCACCAGCUCCUAUGUAAUUUUAAAUUGUAUGUUUAUUUUAAAAAACUAUAUGUAAUGAAACAAUAAGUAUAUUUUCAAUAUCAACAUUUAUUAUAUCAGAAUUGGACAAAAUAAAUAUAACAGCAAUUAAAAUUUUUAACAA